AUGCCCCUUAUGAUCUGGACUGAUGACAUGACCACGUUCAAUGUUUAUGUGAAAACUUCUGACUAUCGACUGUGUGGGAUCGGUUGGUCACUUGGGAGAAAGAAGAUGAUUAGGUCAACGUGGGGUGAAAGAGACUGUGGUAUUGCCAUAAAGGAAAAAGGCGAUGUGUGGCUAGUACGGGUGGAAUUUGACCCACUGAAAGGACAAUUACCACAGACAUACUUUGUGGGAUGGACCAAGCUUUUCGUUGCUGGAAUUGAGGAACGUGAAGUUAAAUUGAACCCUCCGGGCUACAAAGACGAGACUGUUAUAAAGAUGGAGGAAAAAGACCACAUGACUGUGGACCAAGGCAUGCGGGUGGACUUACCCGCUAGCCCAGACAAAACAGGACAGAGUGACGGAACUCUACACACAGAACGUGGGACUGAACUUGCUUCUAGAGAGUCACCGAUCCAGGAGAGACUGUUGAGGCCCUCAGAACUGGAAGAGGGGACACUAUCCAGAGGGUCACCGAUCCAGGAGAGACUGUUGAAGCCCUCGGAACUAGAGGACCGGACUGCGAUAAAGGUGUCGCCCAUCCAAAAGAGACUGAUGGACUCACCAGAACUGACUGACAAAACUGAUGCUGGAGCCCAAAUACAGCAGAAAAACCCUACCAACCUUGACAUAGCUCGCCUAGCGGACAAUCCUAUUCAGAAUGAUCAGGCAGACACUGACCUGACUGGACAGAGUAGGACUGACCUGAUAGUCCCGGAUGGCCAAAACCGAAAUCCUGACGUACGGAGAGACAACUCAAUGGAGAAGCAUGACGGUGAUAGAAUGAAUUUAAAAACUGCAGAGAUCAGUGACGUGGUUAAGACUAACCUAAAUUGGACGGACUGGUUUCACAGGACGGUGGCUGGGAUAGGACAGGCGGCUGGAGGUUUUGUUUCGAGAAUUGGUGCAGGGCUAGGAGUAGGAGGAGCUUUCACACAGGCAAUGGGGAAAAUCAAGGCUCUAAGGUUGGAGAUGAAGAAGAAUGCUGGAAGGGAUGCAGAGUUGGACUGGCUGAGCUGGCUACAGCAGACUUUAGGAUCAUGGAAACUGGGAGCAGUAGUGGUGCGAGGGGUAACAAGACAGAUGUUAGUGCUGAAUGCGGAGAGCAAGAGUAGCCGACCAGAGCAGUUCCCCAUCAAGGACUGGUUAGCGGAGGACGACUCGGUGGACGAUGAAAAGAACAUGGACUGUGACAGUAUACCUACUUUUUGA